GGCCUUGGCGGGAAUAUGUUCAUUAUCAAAUCCCCGGACCAGUGGAGUCGGUCAGCUUCAACGAUGACACCUCCACCAACAAAGCUCGAACGAAACUGCACAUAACUCACACAUCGUUAUACCGACAUAGGCGUAUGAGUACGUGUUCUGACACUGUGUUGCGACUCUCUCAUUCAGCAUAACAUGUCUGAACAGCUCACCUUCGCCACGCCAGGCAAGGAUGCCAUUGAGCCAUACUUGCCGUCCACCACAGGUGGUCCGACGCCAGCAGAUCAAAAGCCCUUUGUGACUUUGACGUUUGCGACCUCACUCGAUUCGUCACUAUCACUGGCGCCUGGCGUGCGCACGCGCCUCUCGGGUCCCGAGUCCAAGGCCAUGACACAUUACCUGCGAUCACGCCACGACGCCAUCCUAGUCGGCGUCUCCACGCUGCUAGCCGACGACCCUGGCCUCAACUGCCGCAUCGAGGGCGCGACGUCGCAGCCCCGGCCCAUCGUCGUUGAUCCGCAUCUGCGCUGGACACCCUCGGACUCGGACAAGGUCCUCCAGCUGAGUCGAGCUGCGCAGGGGCUCGCGCCGUUUGUGCUCACGGGUGUCGCGCCGGCUGAUGUACCUCGAGAAAGCGCGGCAGUACUCGAGGCGCACGGCGGUCGGUUUAUCCAUGUCGAUCCAGUACCGUCAGUCUCAUCUGACGGUCGGAUGCGCUUCAGCUGGCCAUCAAUCUUGGAGGUCUUGCGCGCGAACGGGCUCACGAGCGUCAUGGUGGAGGGUGGAGGUCGCAUCAUCAACACGUUGCUUCACCCAGAUGCCCAGGACUUGAUUGACUCGGUCAUUGUCACCAUCGCACCCACGUGGCUCGGCCAAGGCGGCGUGGUCGUGUCACCGGAACGAGUCCAAGACGAGGAAGGCAUACCCGUACCAGCCGGCCGGCUAUCACGCGUCAAGUGGCACUCGUUUGGUGAGGACGUUGUACUCUGUGGCACUUUUAACCGUUGAAACGUCUCUGAGCCAUUGGUGCAGUGGAAUCUUGGUGUGAUCGCUGCACUGAUUGAAGGCUUUCCUAGGCUAUUCUAGGUCCAGGAUGUCUGGCAGUGGCAGCAUCUUCCUCAUGCCCAACAUAUAGGGACUCCUGUUUCGGCUUCAAG